UCCUAGCCGCUCACCGCAAGAAGAAAAGGCACCCUUUCGUCCCCCUCCUGUACCUCCCAUCCUUUGCCCAGGAGCUGGCUUCAUCGCAGUCACGCCCCUUCCUUCCCUGGAGCUUUCUGGCUGCCUAAACUGGUAGAACCCCUGAAUUAGUCCUCCAUCUCCGCUCUCUUUCGCCUCCUCUUCUUAGUUCUCACCGCCUUCCCCCACACCUCCACACUGUCUCGCCUCCGACCAUCCGCUGCUCCACCCUCCGGCCCGGUAUCCUGCCUGUCCACUGCCACCAAGGAGAGCCCGGACGGAGCGGCGAGGAGGGGAGCAGCCAGGAGUUGGGGCUUUCGCCCUGCCCAUCCCUGGCCACCGCCCGGACAGAAGCCACUUGAGUGAGCAGAUAGUCGUCACCUUGUCUUCGUUGCCAUCAGGGAACUGCUGAGAAGGACAACUAAGAUAAUAGAAGUGAAAGAGCUUUUAUCUUCUUAGAAGGAAGGCCAAGAAACUAAAGAGUGACCAGUGGUUGGAUUCUUGGAGACGCUUACCCUGAACCCGAGUGUUAGGGGAGAGGGAAUCUGCCGGUGCGGUUUCUGGAGCUGCUCAUAAGCAAGAGUUCCCUAUCCUGAUCAAGGCUUUAAGCCUAAAAGAAAGCAGAAAUAGGUCAAGGGCAGCCCAGGUGCCCAAUUUCUCUCUCUCUUCACAAGGCACCACCAGCAAUAGAGAUGAGAAAUUCUGAAGAACAGCCAAGUGGAGGAACCACAGUAUUACAGCGUCUGCUACAAGAGCAGCUUCGCUAUGGCAAUCCUAGCGAGAAUCGCAACCUGCUUGCCAUACACCAGCAAGCAUCAGGGAAUGGCCCUCCUUUCCCUGGUAGCAGUGGGAACCCAGGCCCACAGAAUGAUGUGUUGAGUCCCCAAGACCACCACCAGCAGCUUGUGGCUCAUGCUGCUCGACAAGAACCCCAGGGGCAGGAAAUCCAGUCAGAAAACAUCAUCAUGGAGAAGCAGUUGUCCCCUCGAAUGCAGAAUAAUGAAGAACUCCCAACCUAUGAAGAAGCCAAGGUCCAGUCCCAGUACUUUCGGGGCCAACAGCAUGCCAGUGUUGGAGCAGCCUUUUAUGUUACUGGAGUCACCAACCAGAAGAUGAGGACUGAGGGUCGCCCAUCAGUUCAGCGGCUCAAUUCUGGGAAGAUGCACCAGGAUGAAGGACUCAGAGACCUUAAGCAAGGGCAUGUUCGUUCCUUGAGUGAACGUCUAAUGCAGAUGUCACUGGCCACCAGUGGAGUUAAGGCCCAUCCACCUGUUACCAGUGCUCCCCUCUCCCCACCACAGCCCAAUGAUCUCUACAAGAAUCCCACAAGUUCCAGUGAGUUCUACAAGGCCCAAGGGCCACCUCCCAACCAGCAUAGCCUGAAGGGAAUGGAACACCGAGGCCCCCCACCAGAGUAUCCCUUCAAGGGCAUGCCGCCCCAGUCUGUAGUGUGCAAGCCCCAAGAGCCAGGGCACUUCUAUAGUGAGCAUCGCCUGAACCAGCCAGGGAGAACAGAGGGGCAACUGAUGAGGUAUCAGCAUCCCCCUGAGUAUGGAGCAGCCAGGCCAGCACAGGACAUCUCAUUGCCAUUGUCGGCCAGAAACUCUCAGCCUCACAGCCCUACUUCUUCCCUGACGUCUGGGGGUUCCUUACCAUUGCUGCAGUCUCCAUUAUCCACUAGGUUGUCUCCUGCCCAGCACCCCUUGGUCCCAAACCAAGGAGACCACUCAGGUCACCUGUCUAGGCCACCUAACCAGCCUCACCGGGGGGAUCAUGACCGGCUCUCCCAACCUGGUUUGAAUCAGCAGCAACAGCAGCCUGGAGAAGCCUAUUCAGCUAUGCCUCGGGCUCAGCAGUCCUCUGCUUCUUAUCAGCCAAUGCCUGCCGACCCCUUUGCCAUCGUUUCCAGAGCCCAGCAGAUGGUGGAGAUCCUCUCAGAUGAGAACCGGAAUUUGCGACAGGAGUUGGAAGGAUGCUAUGAAAAGGUGGCAAGAUUGCAGAAGGUGGAGUCAGAAAUCCAACGUGUCUCCGAGGCAUAUGAAAACCUUGUGAAGUCAUCCUCCAAAAGAGAGGCCUUGGAGAAAGCCAUGAGAAAUAAGCUGGAAGGCGAGAUAAGGAGAAUGCAUGACUUCAACAGGGAUCUGAGAGAGCGUCUAGAGACUGCCAACAAGCAGCUUGCGGAGAAGGAAUAUGAGGGGUCAGAGGACACCAGAAAAACCAUCUCUCAACUCUUUGCAAAAAAUAAAGAAAGCCAGAGGGAGAAGGAGAAGCUGGAAGCAGAGCUGGCCACUGCUCGUUCCACCAAUGAGGACCAAAGACGACACAUUGAAAUCCGAGACCAGGCACUGAGCAACGCCCAGGCCAAAGUGGUGAAGCUGGAAGAGGAGCUGAAAAAGAAGCAGGUAUAUGUAGACAAGGUGGAGAAGAUGCAGCAGGCCCUCGUACAGCUCCAGGCAGCAUGUGAGAAGCAGAAGCAGUUGGAGCACCGUCUCCGGACUCGACUGGAGAGGGAACUGGAAUCCCUUAGAAUCCAGCAGCGCCAGGGCAGCUCUCAGCCCACUAAUGUUUCAGAAUGCAAUGCUGCUGCACUGAUGGAGCUUCUUCGAGAGAAGGAAGAAAGGAUCUUGGCCCUGGAAGCUGAUAUGACAAAGUGGGAGCAGAAGUAUUUGGAGGAGAAUGUGAUGAGACACUUUGCCCUGGAUGCAGCUGCCACCGUGGCUGCUCAGAGGGACACAACGAUCAUCAAUCACUCUCCUAACACCAGCUAUGAUACAGCUCUAGAAGCCCGCAUCCAGAAGGAAGAGGAAGAAAUUUUGAUGGCCAACAAGCGUUGCCUUGAUAUGGAGGGCAGGAUCAAGACCCUCCAUGCCCAGAUUAUUGAGAAGGAUGCCAUGAUCAAAGUGCUUCAGCAGCGUUCCCGGAAGGAGCCAAGUAAGACAGAGCAGCUGUCAUCCAUGAGACCAGCGAAGUCUCUGAUGUCCAUUUCCAAUGCUGGAUCAGGCUUGCUCUGCCAUUCGUCCACCCUGACUGGCAUCCCUAUCAUGGAAGAGAAGCGGGAUGACAGGAGCUGGAAGGGGAGCCUAGGGAUUCUUCUGGGUGGAGAUUAUCGUGCUGAGUCUUUCCCUUCCACACCCUCACCUGUGCCCCCCUCCACUCCCUUGCUUUCGGCUCAUUCCAAGACGGGCAGCCGAGACUGCAGCACCCAAACUGACCGUGGAACUGAACCGAACAAAACUGCGGCUGUUGUCCCCAUCUCUGUUCCUGCUCCAGUUGCUGUUGCCGCUGCUGCUGCUGCCACCACCGCCACCCCCGCCACCAACACUGCUGCCGCUCCUUGUGCUGUUGCUGUUGUCUCGCCCCCAGCAACUGCUGCUGCCAUUGCUGCUGCUGUUUCUCCAGCUACUGCUGCUCAGAUUCCAGCUGCUGCCUCUGCUGCUGCUGAGCCCGCCGGGUCUGUUCAGGUUGCUCCAGCUGCUCCGGCUCCAGUUCCAGCUCCAGCUAUGGUUCCAGUUCCGACUCCAGGAGCGGCUCAGGCUUCUGCUUCGGCUCAGACUCAGGCACCAACUCAAGCUACGGCUUUGGCUCCUCCUCCAACUCCAACUCCAACUCCAGCUUUGGCUCAGGCUGAGGUUCCUGCAAGUCCGGUUACCACUUCUGGACCACUUCGUUUGUCUAUACCAAGUGUGACCUGCAAUCCAGACAAGACAGAUGGUCCUGUUUUCCACUCCAAUACUCUGGAAAGAAAGGCUCCCAUUCAGAUCCUGGGACAAGAGCCAGAUGCAGAGUUGGUGGAAUAUCUCAUCUAAAUGGCCAAACCUAGAGCUGCAAUUUAUCAACAAGAAUGCUUUUAAUCAUUUUCCCCUUUUGUUUGUUCUUAUUUUCAGGGUGAGGACAAGGGUUGGGGGGAGGGGAUAUUUUUUAAAGGGACUUUUUAUUGAAAUAAUAUAGUGCUUAAAUAAUAUCAUCUGAACUCCAGUCUAUUCUGGUAUACUUAGGGAGUACCUUUAAAGACAGAUGAAUUAGAAUGUGCUCUAAAGGUGAUUGUUUAGAUUUAUAUAUUAAUCAGAAUGUGUUCUAAAGUUGAUUGUUUGGAUUUAUGCAAAUACUGGAACUAUUAGGUGGCUAUACAUUGAUGUUUUUAAUGUGCUAAAAUUUGUUUCAAAUUUCCAUAUUCCAGGUCAUUUUUUAAUGAAGAGCACAGUAUGUGUGGAAGACAGUCUGUAACAUGUAGUUUGAAAGUGAGAAGCUGGAAAGAAUUUGAGUGUUUGCUGUUUUAUAUAGUUAUCAUCUAGAUAGCAGCCAGAGAAAGCUCUCACCUCAGGCUCAUGAAAGGGAGUAGGAGUAGUUUUAGGAGCAAUGAGAUAUGUAAGCUGGAGAAAAGCAAGAGUAUCAAGGUGCAGAUGGGCACUGGAGCUUAUUCUCCUUCUCGAUUUCCCAGCUCUUCUGCCCCAGGGUUUGCAUUUAUCUUCAUUUCAGUGGAGCUUUGGAAGUGGAGUCCUUUGGUUCCCUCUUGGAGGUUCAUACAUUCAUAUGUAUACUCUGGAGUAAUUUAUGCAUUUGGAUAAUUAAUAUAUUGCUUUCAGAUGCUAGGAGAGUACAUUAACUGAGUGAUGCAUAACUUCCUCUCUGGGAGUUAGGUAUCAGAGGCCUUGAUGUAGAGUUGUAUGAGACACUGUGUACAGACAUUUGUGAUCUCUGUGUGGCCAUGAACUCAGCUCCCUUGCCUUUUAGAAAAACAAUAUUGGCUUUGUGUUUAUUUCUUCUAUGGCACAGAUUUCACUGACCAGAUCACCAGUCUCGAAUUGCCAAUCAUUUGCAAAGUGAAGAAAUAUUUCUCUUGACAGGUUUGAAUGCUUUGGAUUUCUGUGACCACUUUGAAAUAACUCAUUUCAUUUUCCCAAAUUCUUAGCAUAUGUCUUAAAGGAGUAUUUGACUAUCACCUCCAAGGGAAUAAAAUCAAAAGUCCAAAGUACUGUGCUGCAGUCAGGGGAGAGGUGAUUGCAGAAGAUAGUAUCCUCAACUACCUCUUCUCGCUGCUAGUGACUCCAUCUUGGAAUAUCUUUGGGAAGCAGUGGGAAAUGUACAUGUAAGCAGGAGCCAAAAGAGGCGAUGGCACAAAGCCUUGUCUUGGGGCUGCCUCUGAGGACACAGGGAGAAGCUAAUUCCCAUGGGUGCCUGCCCUGUGUCACCUCUCUGCCCUUCAUUAAGAUGACAAGUCUACAGUGGCAUUAAGAUCAGUUUUCAGGGGUAUAGUAGGAUGAAGGGGGUGGGGGUGUUAGGCAAGGGUGGGUGGUAAAGGUUUGGGAAUGUGUUAGUUAGAAACCAGGUUAAUAGAAGACUAGGCCUGAUAUAUUACUUCCUGAGCCAUAGUGGUGGGAAGGAACUUGAGCAAUCUAACCCUACCCCCUUGUUUGAGUGACUAGGAAUCUGAGACCUGCAGAGAUUUAGUGACGUUUUCAAGAUCACACAGCACAGCUGGCCACUCUUCCAAUACCAUGCUUAUUCUGGAAAACCUUUAUAUGUAUUUGAACAAGCCUAUUGUAAGAAAAGACAUUUUCACAGUCUAGGGUAUAUUUAUUUUCUAAAAUGUCCUUGGCUUCAGUAGUUUGUUCAGGGUUCUGAAUUUCUAUCUUGCCCUUCCUAUAGUGCCUUGUGCAAGGUUUCAUUUUCUUGACCCCGCAUUUCAACACUGAGUCACAUGAAACAUCCUCCUAAGAAGUCAACUCCACUUCAUUUCUCACUGUGAGGUUGGGUGUCUCAGAUAAUCCCACAGGUUGCUUUGUGAGUAUAGGAAUGGUGUGUUUAACAGUAGUUAAAUACUUACUAAGUUCCUAAUUAUCACCCAAAGGAAUUUUUUUUGUGCGUGUGCCCAGGUGUAUGUGGAGAGACUAGAGGGAGUAUGACAUGAUUUCUAGUCAAUCUUUUCACAUUUUCUAUAAUGAAAUGAUAAUCCACAUUAGUCCUCAGUUAUAAUGAGAAUCCCAAAUAGAAAUUUAAAGUAAAGUUGUGUUAAUACUCAUUCAUUUUUCCUUUUAGUAAUAAGGAGAAAAAAGAAACUUCAAAUAGUAGAAGCAGUAAGUAGCAAACUUCAGGGGAGCUGCUUUCUAGCCAAAUAACUAAAUUAAAAUAAACCUUUCAUCUACUUCUUUCAUGGUUAUCACACAUUGCCAGAAAUUUUGCUGGGUCUGGGAGCCAUGAUUUUUAUUACAUUCUGUAAGGUGACAAAUGUCGUACAUUCCACAUUGUGUGGCAGCCAUCUCAAGAUCCAUGUGUUUUGGGGAACAGAGGAAGUUCUUGACUAAGUACUAUUUUGAACUUUCCAGAACAUCUCUGCCCUCUCACACCAGAGAUAAUUUGUCUCUGCUCAAUUUUCAAUGCCUGGUAAUUUGCUAAAAUAACAGUGUACAUCUAGGAGAUGGAAGAAGACCAUGUCAGUGUAUUAUGUUUACGGAGAAGAUAGAUUCUGCCUUUUCAGAACAUCUCUACUAGAUGUCAUGUUAAAAAUUCAGGUUUGUGGGAGAAAUCUCAAGUUAGCCACUUUUUCACAAUUGUGUGGAUACAAUGUUUGGGGGAUCUUUCUGGACUCCCACCUAUCUAUGCAUUUUAUUGGCACCUCAAGACAGGAGAGUGACCUUGUCUUAACUUGUACUGCCUGGUGGCCUCUGGGGACCUUCUAAUUCAGUUGUACCCCAAUAUCCCAUGUACAGAAAAACUUCAUUAGAACAAACUUUACUUGAUAGAAAACUCUUAUUAAUUUUUUAAUUAAAAGUAGCUUAAGCUUUAUUUUAAAAUCAUGUAUCUUGAUUAUUAUUUGAAUGAAGGAUUUACUUUCAAUGCUGCUUUUGAGCAUCAGGUUAACAGGAUUACAGGAACCUGAACUAUCUGCCAUCAUCUGCCACAGGAAACAUACAGACAGGCUUGUCAUGUUCUCUUUUUGUUGGUUCACUGUCAGGUGGGUGUAACAGUUGGGAAAUGAACAAAUUGAUUGUGCAAACUGUUUUUAAUAAAGAGCCUAAAUACUUGUAUUGUGGCAGCUUAAGGUGUAUACAUAUGCACUAAUGCUGAUAAAUUAUAUUCUCAUGUCUGUUAGCCAUACAAUCUCUUGUUAUCUUGAUUGUUCAUUCACAUGGAACAUGUUACUUAAAAUGUGUGCAUUCUUACUGAAAAUGUUUUCAAGGAGGGCAUCAGCUGCAGGCUAAUUGCCACUAAUUUCAGCCCACCACCAUCCUUGGAAAUAUAUCUUCCAAGUGUCAUCCAUCAUCAGUAUGACAAGUGUUGGGAGUUUGUUUAUUUUAUUUCCGGUUUCAACGAUGGAUUACAUUGAGCCAUCAAACCUCCUUCUGGCUUCCCUUGUGAUUAAUAGCAUGUGUUUGUAAAAUGGAUAGCUGGGGUUGGCAGAUGGCUAGAGAAGAAUCAUCUUUGAUUUAAAAUGUAUGUGGUCCCAUAAUGAUUAUGACCCCAUUCUGUAAUCAACUGAGCUAGUUCAAAUAAAGUUAAGCAGGUUUAAAUCCACUUUGUGCCUAUCUUUUCAGUGACAAUAAAGUUAGCUAUUU